GAAUUUGAUUAUUUGUUCUUGUAGAUGACAGAAAGUAUAGACUUUCUGUGUUUAUAUGUGCAUUUUUAUGUGGGGUAUAAACAUCCAGACAGACUGCACCACUCACAUCAAUUGAUCGCAGAGUGGAAAAGUCGUCUGCAUCGUGUCGGCGCACAAAGAAAACAGCAGCAGGGAAACUCAAACACCUCAUUGUGUUCACUGACUGUUAGAUUAUGUUCAGCUGCCGGGGUUCAGUCUGGGUAGAGCGCUGGCAUUAUUUGAUAUGCCGCUGCCAUCUCAUCUCUCCCGCCCCAGUACCUGUUACCUUGGCGACAGCAAUAUCCCUCUUUUUUUUGCCAAGCGUCUCGCUGUUUGCCUUUGCCUCAUUGUGUCCCCCUCAUUCCUGCUCUCGCUCACACACACACACACGCACACAUAGACACACAGACAUAGCAAGGGCAGCCCCCAUCUUUCUUCCCCACUCUCUCUCUCCCUCUCUGUCUCUCUCUCUCCCUCCCCUCCUCUCUCUCUCCCUCCAUCUGCUGAGAGUCACUCAGGCAGCUUAGAUCAGACACUGCAGCGCUCCAGACAAAGGAAGGUGCCGCCAGGAGCACGGCUACCUAUCUGGUCUGUUACACCUCAUGUAGACAGGCAACCUUGGGUUUCCUGACACCUAUUUAUUGACAACGCAGCGCUACUUUUCAAAGACUUGAAAAGACUGUGAGGAGGACUAACUCUGUGUAGGGAUGGGAAACCUUUUCUUAAACGCUUAAUAACCUCUGUCUAACAUGUUUCCUGUUCUCUCCUUUUACAGUUCAGUUCCACAUUGCUCAUUUGUAUGAGAUUCAGGUAAGUGCUCGCUUUUAUUGAACUUGUGCCGUCUCCCAAGGACACGAGACGUCUGUUUGCCAUUUGUAAUUGUGGAUAAAUAAGUCUUGUGAAUGAAUUGAAUGUCCAAGGCGAUGGCUCAUUACAGAGCCAGCGCUGUGAAAUCACAGGAACGCAGGGGAUAGCCCUGCUUUUUUUUUUUUUUUUUUUUUAGUAUUUGAACCAGGUGCUGACAAAUUGAGGAGGGAGCAGGGUGCGUGAGUGGGUGGCAUGCAGGACGGGAUAGGAGAUUACUCUGAGUCGAUCGACGGGGUUGCCACGGAAACAAGAAAGUCUGUCUCCCCCUCUUUUGUAUGCUGGUGGUCUCCUUCUCUCUCUCUCUCUUUAUGUCGGUUUCAGUAGAGGAGUACAGUAGCUCCUGCUGGCGUUGGGAGCGCUUCACGACUAAUGUGCGGGGUUUUUUUGUGCUGUGUCAGAACACAACGCUGCAGUGGAACAUCUUAGGUUGCGUGCUGCCGAAGAGAUACCGGGCUGCCAAGGAGGCCUAUGAAAGCCUCCUGCAGACGGAGGAUCUUCCUGCACAGGUGAAGGCCACUACCCUGCAGCAGCUAGGCUGGAUGCAUCACACAGUGGAACAGCUCGGGGACAGAGCCAGCAGGGACAGCUAUGCCAUCCAGUGUCUGCAGAAAUCUCUGGAGGCCGACCCCAACUCUGGACAGUCCUGGUACUUCCUUGGCAGGUGCUACUCUAGUAUUGGGAAGGUCCAGGACGCCUUCAUCUCUUAUCGGCAAUCCAUAGACAAAUCAGAGGCCAGUGCAGAUACCUGGUGCUCUAUAGGGGUGUUGUACCAGCAGCAGAACCAGCCCAUGGACGCUCUGCAGGCCUACAUCUGCGCCGUGCAGCUGGACCACAGCCACGCCGCUGCCUGGAUGGACCUGGGCACGCUUUACGAGUCCUGCAACCAGCCGCACGACGCCAUCAAGUGCUACAUCAACGCCACACGCAGCAAGGGCUGCACCAACACCACCGCGCUAACCCACCGCAUCAAAUGCCUGCAGGCUCAGUUGAGUAACCCCCAGCUCAGUAGCCUACAGGGUAAAAGUAAAAUGCUCCCUCUUAUUGAGGAGGCAUGGAGUCUACCAAUCCCAGCUGAGCUAACCUCCAGGCAGGGAGGCCUGAGCAGUGCACCACAGCAGGCUUGUAAGCCCAAUCACAGUGCAGAGGGCGGGGGCUCGGGUCAGUCUCUGCCCCCUCACGUGGGCCCGCUGGGCCAAGCAGAGGACCAGUCCUGCCCAGCAAAGAGGAGGAGAGCAUCCAGCCCGGGCAAGGGUGAUUCUUGGGUCAGUAACCCACCACAGCAGCCAGUUCCCAACUGGUACCUCUCCCCACAGAAAUUACAGGUGCUGGAACAGUUGCGGAGUAACCGGGCCAGCCUGAAGCCGCCGCAGCUCCAGAUGCUGGGGCAGCUGGAGGCUCAGUUCGCCAUGAUGCAGCAGCACCAGCACCAGAUGAGACAGAAUGCCUCAGGAGGUCAGGUGCGCCCAUCUCUUCCCAACGGCCCCACCACCAACUCCCUCCCCUCCCCGAACCCCAGCCUCCACCCCACGCGGCCCCACCUGGGACCCCACCGACCCCUGUGUCCGCCUCAGCCGCUGGCCAACGGGCCCGUGGGCCCCGGGACACACGGACACUCAGACUCUCUCCCUGUGGGUGACAGUAGUAACAGUAGUAAUAAUCAGUCAGGGCCCACGGCCACAGGACCCAACGGAGACGUGCCUUACCUGCAACCUGCCGGCAGCGGCGACGCAGCACUGCUACCUCACACCUGCACAAGCACGCAAACACAGGACGCCACGCCGCGCCAGGCCCUGCACCUAAACUCCUCUCAGGGGCUUCAGACGGGGUGUGUUCCACAUGCGACGGGCUCCAGUAGUGAGGGGACCCUCUCUCACCCCCAGACCCCCAACUCCAUCGCCCCUGUGCACCCCAACAAUCAGGUUGGACAUUCCACUAACGCCCCAUCACCACGACAGCAGGCUCACAACCACCUCCCAUCUCCUCCCUCCCUCCCCCACUCCUCUACCUCAGGUGGAGCAGCACCUGGUGCGUCCGCUACCAAAGAUAGCAACACCGCAGCCGCCCUCAUCACGGCAGCCGCAUCCCUCGGCAACGGGGGCUCUGAGGGCAAGACGCCAUCGCCGCAGCCGUCAGCUGAUGGCAAAGUGGCGUCGACAGAUGGCCUAGCCAAUCACGUACACUCGGGGGACGGCAAGGUGGCAGAAGGCGGCGAGAAGCCGAGCCUUAGCACAGACAAUCCUAGUCUAUCUGCCCUGCUGGCAGGGGGGAAGGGCCCAGAGGAGGGCGAGGGACCGUCACAAGGGACUGCAUCCACAGCACCCGCCACGUCCGAGCCCCACAAGAAAGUCAACAACAUCCACCCGGCCGUCCUGCCCUCCACCCCCCACGCGCAGGGCAGCUCGGCUGCCUCCUCGCCCAUCUCUGCCAUAUCCACCGCCACGCCCUCACCCAAAUCCUCAGAACACACCCAAACAGGCGCCCACAGUCCCGCCACCGCCGCACCUGCUGCACCUGCCGUGAACGGGAACAGCAAAGGAGGCAUCUCCGAGGACUCUCAAAGCCCGCUGAAGGCUGAGCCGCCCACCGUCACCAGUCUCAAAGCUACGCCUCCACACGGACACAGCUCCUCUUCAUCAUCAUCUUCAGUAUCCAUCUACCCCAGCUCCACAGACGUGCUAAAGGCCUGCAGAAACCUGGGGAGGAACGGUCUCUCCAACAGCAGCAUCCUCCUCGAUAAGUGCCCCCCGCCCCGGCUGCCCCCUCCGCCCUCACCAGCCCUGCCCAAAGACAAGCUCAACCCUCCCACUCCUAGCAUCUAUCUGGAGAACAAGAGGGACGCUUUCUUCCCCCCACUGCACCAGUUCUGCACAAACCCCUCCAACCCUGUCACUGUCAUCAGAGGACUGGCUGGAGCACUCAAACUGGACUUGGGUCUGUUCUCUACAAAGACGUUGGUCGAGGCCAACCCAGAGCACCUGGUGGAGGUCUGGACGCAGCUCUCUCAGCCCGCCGACGAGAACUGGGACCCGACCGGCACCAAGAAAAUGUGGCGCUGCGAGAGCGCCCGCGCCCACACCACCAUCGCCAAAUACGCCCAAUAUCAGGCUGCUUCCUUCCAGGAGUCCCUGAGGGAGGAGAAUGAGAAGAAGGCACUAAAGGAGCCCUCGGACACAGAGCCAGCAUCAGCAGAGAGCGUUGCACGGAAAAGAAGGGGACCCUUAAAGCACAUCAAGUUUGGAACCAACAUCGAUGUGUCGGAUGAAAGGAAGUGGAAGCAGCAGCUCCAGGAGCUCAGCAAACUGCCGGCCUUCGCUCGGGUCGUGUCCGCCGGCAACCUGCUGAGCCACGUGGGUCACACCAUCUUGGGCAUGAACACAGUGCAGCUCUACAUGAAGGUCCCUGGGAGCAGGAUAGCAGGUCACCAGGAACACAAUAACUUCUGUGCAGUCAACAUCAACAUCGGACCAGGAGACUGUGAAUGGUUCGCAGUGCCGGAGCCCUACUGGGGAGUGAUGAGCAACUUCUGUGAAAAGAACAACAUCAACUUCCUGAUGGGCUCGUGGUGGCCCAACCUGGAGGACCUGUAUGAGGCUGACGUACCCGUCUAUCGGUUCAUUCAGCGACCGGGCGACCUGGUGUGGCUCAACACCGGCACCGUGCACUGGGUCCAGGCCAUCGGCUGGUGCAAUAACAUCGCCUGGAAUGUCGGACCUCUCACAGCCCACCAGUACAAGCUGGCCGUGGAGCGCUACGAGUGGAAUAAGCUCCAGAGCGUCAAGUCCAUGGUUCCCAUGGUGCACCUCUCCUGGAACAUGGCACGCAACAUCAAAGUGUCCGACCACAAGCUGUUUGAGAUGAUCAAGUAUUGCUUGCUGCGGACUUUGAAGCAGUGCCAGUGGGUAAAGGAAGCCUUGGCGACGGCCGGCAAGGAAACGGUGCUGAGGCCGAGGACCAGGGACGAGCCGGCCCACUACUGCACCAUCUGCGAGGUGGAGGUGUUCAACCUGCUGUUUGUGCGCCGCGAGCUCCUGUCCAAGAAGCAGUACAUGGUCCACUGCCAGGACUGUGCCAGGAAAGGCAGCGCCACGCUGGACACCUUCGUGGUUCUGGAGCAGCACAGGAUGGAGGACCUAAUGCAGGUCUACGACCAGUUCACUUUAGCCCCUCCUCUUCAUUCAUCUUCAUCUUGACAUUAGGCGUCACCUCUUUCUUCUUCUGCUGUGGAGCCAUGAAGCCCAUUUACAGGAACUUGUAUUAAGAUUUAAAGAAAACAGACAAAAAAAAACAGAACAAACAUCUACAUACGCGGACCAUUUCUGAUAUUCAGGAAAGCCAAGGCCGUCUCCCCCCCCCCCACCCUCACCACCCACCACCGCCCCCUCCCAUUAUGGCUGGUCUCCAUAGCGACGGCUGGAGGCUGAGGCGGCCGAGUGUGUCUGUCUAUGCAACCUGUUUGAAGUGCUGGGGCCUGGCCCUUCCAGAGGGGGGCGCCACCGAGCUCGCUAACAGGACUUGUUUCUCUCUCCCCCCCUCCCCCCGCCUCCCUCCCAGCCCCCUCUAGUGACAAUGGCUCAGCCCUGUUUUAAUGGAGGACUUAAUCAAAAAUGGUUGGGAACAGGGGGACGAGGGGGAGGAGUGCGUGAUGAAAAAAUGUUUUGUAGAUACUUGUUAAAUGUCACAACUGGCAACACCACCCGAAAAAGACUACUGACUUGACAAGCUUUCUCUCUUUCCCUUCUUUUUCUUUUUCUAUACUGGUAACAGGAUGAAACGUUGGCUUUGAUUUA